UGAUAAUAGUAAAUUUAAAAGACAAAAGUAAUUUUAUUCUAGAUUCUAGGUCUAUUCUGAGUAUUCUAUAUCGAGACGAAAGAUUACCGACCUAAACUCCUAAAUAAAUCAUCUAUUUCACCAGAUCUAUAGAUCUAGGUCUAGAUAGAAUCAUAGAUCAUGACUUUUUUUUAGCCAACUAUAUCGCAAUAAUAUUAAUAAUAAUAUUAAGUCUUACCGUUAAGUCUAAGUAGAGAAGAUAGAUCUAGAUCUAGAUCUAGUACUCUAGGUUACACUAGAUGUUACUUCAAAAGAAAAAAAAGGUGAUUAUGUCCUGCGCAUGUCCUAAGUCAAUCUAGUCAUGCGUGUGAAUCAAUGAGUUGAAUGACUUAAACACUGCCAAGUCACUUGUUUUCCUGGCUGAGUCAGGAAGCACAUUUCAUACUCUAAUAGCACAAAAAAUGUGUCCUAGCAAAUGGAACAAGAAAUGUGCCUUUAGGUCUUUCUGAGUAUUUUAUUAGGUUUUGUAUUUGAAGAUUAGACUAGAUCAAGAUUCUAAAUCUACUUCAUCUCAGAAUUAUUUUUUUUUUAAAUGUCUUCAGUCUUAUGAUAAUCAUCAAACCAAUUACAACCAAGAGCAGUUUCAUUUUUACUAUGGAAAACCUAAAAUAUUAUGAAAGUGAUAAUGACAGUAAUGAAACUAACCAAACAACAGAACAAGAUUUGCAGUCAAAUCAUUGUAAAUCUAUUAAGAAUGAGACUCUGUCAUUUUUGUCAACAGCUGAAAUUCCAGUUGAGAAUGAAUCUGAUUUUUUUGGAUUUAAAGCACUGUCGACUACAGGCAGGACAAAGUUAAAUGGCUCUGAAACCCAAAUGUGUGCACAUAUAAUAGACUCAAAAUAUGGUGCAAUAGAAAUUCCUGAUGGAGAUUUCUGGAAGGAUGUAACACUAGAUAGUGUUCAAGAUAAUGAUAGGGGUGAAUCAUCAGCUUCUGCAUACAAUAAUACUGAAACUAAUAAUAGUUCUAGAUUUUCACUCAACUGCACACCAAAGUAUAAUAACUCUCUGCAAAUUCCUUCACAUAAAAGAUCAUAUGGUUGGCCUUUUUCAAACGCUGAUGAUUAUCCUAGCAAAAAAAAAAUUGCUAUGGUCACUUUAAAGUCAGCCUUUGUCAGGCAAGAUCAGCCUGUUUUUCACUCUACAGAUAAUGACAAUAAAUCAACAUUUGUUAAAAAAAAGAUGUAUUAUGUUCAUAGCAAAGUUUCCCCUUAUUUGAAUACAAAGAUAUGUAACAAGUGUUCUACUCGAUUGGAGAAAUCUUGGAUUGCCCAUGAUGGAGUAGUGAAUAGGCUGGCUUGGAAUAUUUCCUGUUACAGUCAUCUUUUAGCAACAGCAGGUAUGGAUGCUGUUAUUAGAGUAUGGAAUGUUUGGUCCAGUACUGAAUCAGAAGCUACUCUUAUAACUUGUCACAAGAAGGCAGUAACACAUGUAGACUGGUGCAUGAAUGGGUUGAAAAUUCUCUCUUGCAGCUAUGACAGAACAGCACAGAUCACAGAUGUUGAGACAGGGCAGUGCACAGCCCUGUGUGAACAUGUUGAUUUUGUCACAUCAGCCUGUUUACACCCAUCAAAUGGCAAUAUUUUUGUGACUGGCACAGAUAACAUGAUGUGCAUGUGGGAUGUGAGAACUCCUCAAGCACCAACGAAACAUUUCAAUUUUAAAGAUAACAUUGGGCAAAUUCAGGAUGUACUAUUUAUAUCAAAUGGUCAAGAAAUCAUCUCAUGUGGUGAUGUGGUAUCUAGAGACUCAGCAGAUCGUAGUAUAAUGGCUUGGGAUGUCAGAUCUGGAGUUGUGUUGUCAAACCAAAUAUUCCAGGAGAGAUACACUUGCACCAGAUUAAAACUCCAUCCAGACAACACACAUUUCUUAGCACAAACACAGGGUGGCUAUGUAGCCAUCUUCUCCACAACCUCACCAUAUAAAUUGGAUAAAUCAAAACGCUUUGAAGGCCACAAGAUUCAAGGAUACAGAAUUGGGUUUGACAUAAGUCCUAGUGGUAAAAUUCUAUACAGUGGGAGCUCAUCAGGGGGUGUCUAUUGCUACGAUGAGCACAGUGGAAGGAGCAUUCGUCAGCUAAAUCUGAAACAGGAUGUAAUCACAGACGUGGCAUGCCAUCCAGUUUUAUCUUCAAUGAUAGCUGCUAGCACAUGGGGAGGAAGCAUUUAUUUAUGGCAUUAGUGUUAUUAUAACAUUUACUUUAUGUAUUCAAAUAUAUUAAACAAUUUUCUGAUUA